AUGGUUGGAAGUCCAGAAUCUGUUGAUGACUCGUCACUACUGUCUGACCUGCACAGUAUGGUUCAGUCGGCUGUCGACUGUCGGCAGGAACAACAAUUCAAACCGAUAGUGGACAUGAUUAGGGAGAUACUUGAUUUAAAGGCCUACGAAGCGAUCGCGAAGAGCGCUGACGUCAAUGUUGUAGCAAGACCUAGUGGAAAGUAUGGUACUGGAUUGUGGGGUAUUCCAUCUGCUCUUCAAGUAGCGUGUGGUGUGGGAUCAACCGAUAUGGUUGAUCUCCUUAUAAGAAAAGAAGCCAAUGUGAAGUAUCAAGAGAAGGGCCCGAGGGGAUGGACAGCUCUACACUAUGCAAGUGAUGGUGGUCAUGUGUCUAUUAUGAAGAGAUUGAUAUCUGCUGGUUGCAAUAUACAAGUAAAAGACAAGUUUGGAAAGACAGCUCUACACUUUGCUGGUAAUGUUGAUGUUGUUGAUUAUCUGUUGAGUAUUGGUCUCAACAUUGAAGAUCGUGAUACGUGUGGCUACACACCAUUUCUCAUGGCAUGUCGUGUUGGUCGUUUACCUGUAGUACAACGUCUCAUUGAAUCAAAGUGCAACAAAGCAGCAACAACUAAUAAAGCAAACAUCAUUGAGACUGGGAGAUGUCACAUAGAGUUCCAGAUGACUUGAAGGGUCUGUUUGAUGCCAGCAUCUCUGUUGAGAUAGAUGUUCUCACAUUCACAAGAUUGGUUGUAUAGGAAAUGGUCAAUAUUCUUCAUUGAAGGAUGACACACUAUUUAGGAGAAACAAUUAUACAAGUUUACAAGAGACGAUGAUGCAAAUGCUGAAAUAUUGUACAUAUUUCUGUCUGUUGGAACCUAGCUGGAAGGAUGAGAAGUUUGAACAUGAUCUAACAGCAUCAGUUGUUCAUCCACUAAGAAAUGUUGGUCCUUGUGCUCUUGUUGAAGCAGCUAUGCAAGACGAUGUGAUCACAAAUUGGCCGAUCGAGACCUGUAGUUAGCGCAAAGGCUAGAAUAUCUUGAGCUACUUUCUGUAAAUAGAUUACUUUGCAAGUGCGCAUCAAUACUUAAUUGUGAGGGGAGACAUGUAAUUGUUGAAACUCUCAAUGAUAUCAAAGUAGAUCUGUAAUCAUAGAGACCACACUGCAUGUGAACUUAAUUGAUACAAAUAUAACUAGAAUGGAA